UAAAACGACCGGACGGCCACAAGUCCACCAUCAGUCCACCAUCAAUCGACUUCAGCGACUACUCCGAGCAGUUUACUCAUUCCAAGACGACCCAAAGCCAAUCGAAUCAAAAAAUAAAAUGAAAUUCCAGGGAUCUUUAGCUUUGCUCGCCAUCGCCAUGUGCUUGGUCUCGGCCUACGCAGCGGAACAACCGAAACCUGCUUCCCAAGCGACACAAGCGGCACCAUCGGACCGUAGCAAAAGAGGUCUAUACGCAUCGCCAUACUACGGCUCAUACUAUGGUUCUCCAUACGUAGCAUCGCCGUAUGCGGCCCCGUAUGCUGCCCCGUACGCUGCCCCGUACACUGCUCCGUACGUGGCUUCUCCUUACGUCUCCCCAUACGUCGCUUCCCCGUACGUCGCCGCCCCUUACGUAUCGCCGUACGCCGCUUACCCUUACGGAUACUACCGAUGAAUUGCAGUACACAAGCCGUACUGAGUACCUGCUGACCAAUGACCAAUCGACUUACUAAAAAUCCAAGAACGACAACACGGGAACAACCCUAAUGAACAUUUUGUAAAACCAUAAAUGUUAACAAAUACUUUUACUAUUAUUAUAUUUACCUUGUAGAAAACUGUACACAAUAAAAACAAUUUUAUAAUCAA